GUGAGACGCUGCUCCCGGGCCGAGGCGGCGGAAAAGGGAACGCAGAGGGCAGGUGCUGACUGCAAGAGUGCAAGAAAAGGAAGGGAGAGCAAGGAGCCUUGGGAGGAGAGAUCCCAUCCUUGCAGCUGGCUCAUUAUGGCUCAGGUGCUGCAUAUGGACCCCGGCUUCCCAGGGAAACUCAACCCGCCUGCUCCCCCCUCGCUGCACGGCAAAGAACAGGAGGCGCCCUACUCGGUGGAGACCCCCUACGGCUACCGUCUGGACCUGGACUUCCUUAAAUAUGUAAACGACAUCGAGAAGGGAAACACUAUCAAGAAAGUACCCAUCCAACGCCGGCCCCGCUAUGGCUCCCUGCCCCGUGGCUACGGCUACACCGGCUCCUGGUGGACCUCCACUGAGUCCCUGUGCUCCAACACCAGCAUGGACAGCCGACACUCGUCCUUCUCCUACUGCGCCCCGGGCUACCACACCACGCACAGGCCCAGCUUCAGCUCCGCCCGGGUGGAGAAGACCCUGUUGGAUGCGCGCAGGAAGCUGGAGGAGGAGAGAGAGAGCCGCAGAUUCUCCACGCUGGGCAGCAUGCACAGCAGCGUGGCAGGCUCCAACACCUCGCUCAGCAGCGCGCACAGCUUCAACCGAGCCCACGGUGGAGGCGGGUCCUACACCCCGAUGAGCUCCGGCCUGUCCACGCCGGUGACCCCGACUCCUGCCCACCUGCAGCACGUCAGGGAGCAGAUGGCCACGGCCCUCAGGAAGAUAAGGGAUCUCGAGGAGCAGGUGAAGACCAUCCCCGUGCUGCAGGUGAAAAUCUCCGUGCUGCAGGAGGAGAAACGGCAGCUCAGCGUCCAGCUGAAGAGCCAGAAGUUCCUGGGUCACAGCCUGAGUUUCAACCGAGUCCGUCCGCGGGGCGAGCUCUACAUCGACAUCCCCGAGGAAGAGGUGAUAACGGGGGAGAAGAGGAGCAACAAGCCCCUGUCCCCCGCCACGCCCGACGGCUCCAAGCUUCAGGACUCAGGCUGUGAGAUUGAGGACACCGUGAUCGUUGGCGGAGCGCGACCAGAUUCAAAGCGGGACGUGCGCACCAUCGCAGUGGGACCGGAGGACCCGAGGGGCAGUCGUCACGUGGGAGUCGGGGUCCGGGAGGAGGAUCUAGGGCUUCUGCCAGAGACAAAGGCGCUGAGGAAUCAAGUGGGUCAGCUCGAGGGCCAGCUAAAGAGGACGGUGCAGGAGCUGCGAGAUGCCCAGAAGGCUCCUCAGGCCGACCGCCCAGUCAUGGCUACCAGCGUGGGCUGGCGGGAGCCACAAGGCUGCAGCCUGCACACCCUGGUCAGCUUCACGCGCCCCCCGCAGCAGAGGGAACAGAGGACUGUGGGGAUUCAGGUGUACACGCUGGAGCAGCCCACCGUGGUGGAGGUGGGCACGCUGCUCCGAGCGGAGAUCUGCAGCUCCCCCUCCCUCCUGCCAGCGUGUGGAGCCGUUGAGGGCCACCACAGAGGACAGGCCGAAGACGCUCCAGUUGAGCUGCCGAUAGCAGUCAGCUCCAAGCAGGUGCGCGACGUCCUGAAGAGCGAAUUGUCCACUUCGGUGCCGGUAGCCAAUCCCGCCUUUGCUGUCGGCACGUCCGGUAAUCAGAUGGGUUUGUUACACGCAAAAGAGGACGAGACAAGCGUUCAAACUCGCCCUGAGGCUGUCCAGUCACAAGAAGGCCCAGCGACAGCCUCGUCUCCCCAGUCGUCCCUGAGGUCCAUUAUGAAGCGAAAAGCCGAGGGCGAACCGGGAUCUCCCUCUACGAAGAAGAACCUACAGUUCAUUGGCGUCAAUGGAGGCUACGAGUCCACAUCAUCAGACGACAGCAGCAGCGAGAGCUCGGAUGAGGGGAGCGACUCCAGCGAGUAUCACGAGGCCAGAGAGAAACUGCCUGCGGCGGCGACUCGGCACCAGCAGCAGACCCCCAGCGAGGCGCCCCGGCCCCCGGAAAGCAACGGCGUGCCUCAGCAGACCGCUGUCAGGCCACCAGCCGCCGUCCCAGACUCGCAGCAGAGUCCCAAUCAGUCCGCGACGGUAGGCGCAAAACUGCCAGACAAAGCCCGCCAGUCGCCAGCAACGGACUCCGCCUCCCCCGCGAGUCCCCGGUGUGCGGCGGGGCAAGCUGCCGCUGACGGGGCCGGGUCAUCGCAAGAGCGCGCGGUCGCCCCGGCGGUCGCGUCCACCAUCGUCCACCGCCCGUCGUCGAGCACCGAGUCCGCUCCCGACCGGAGCUCAGCCUCCCGCUCGCCGUCGCCGCGCGUCACUAGGACCCCCGAGAUCACCACGCCGCGGCCCACCGACCGGUCGGAGACAACCGUCCCCGGCAGCCGGUCGGAGCCGACGCCGCCAGACGCCACUGCCGCAGCGCCCCCGAAGCAAGUCAGGCUGGACCUGAGUGACAGCCUGAUGUCCACUCUUCACGCCCUGCAGAAAGCCCUGGGGGAGCCCAACGCCUUCAGCCAGCAAGGAGCAAGAGCGGCCUACACCACCGUGCUGCAGGAGUGGCUGCGUGUGUCCUGUCACAAAGCCGCCGACACGGCCGUGGUCGAGGCCUACAUGGGCGCCUUCGCCUCGGUCUCCCCCCAGCUGCUGGAGUUUGUCAUCAACAUGGCGGACGGCAACGGGAAUACGGCGCUCCACUACACCGUCUCCCACUCCAAUUUCCCCGUGGUGAAGCUGCUGCUGGACACAGGCCUGUGUAAUGCUGACAAGCAGAAUAAGGCGGGCUACACGGCCAUCAUGCUGACCGCUCUGGCUGCCUUCCACUCCGACAACGACCUUCAAACCGUCCUGCAGCUGCUGCGCACAGGGGACGUCAACGCCAAGGCCAGCCAGGCCGGUCAGACGGCGCUGAUGCUGGCGGUCAGCCACGGUCGGGGGGACAUGGUGCGGGCGCUGCUGUCCUGCGGGGCGCAGGUCAACAUCCGCGAUGACGACGGCUCCACGGCGCUCAUGUGUGCGUGUGAACACGGACACGUGGACAUCGUGCGUCAGCUACUCUCCGUGCCGGGCUGCGAUGCGACGCUGACCGACAAUGACGGCAGCACGGCUCUGUCCAUCGCCCUGGAGGCCAGCCAGAACGACAUCGCAGUGCUCCUGUAUGCUCAGCUCAACUUCGCGAAGCCUCCUUCCCCGGUGUCUCCGAAGUCUCCUCUGUUGGGUUCCUCUCCUCCUGCCGGUGAAACCAAAUGAAGCGUCCAGCCGAUCCCCAGCAACUACUCAUAAUACAGCACAUCGAUGAAACUGCAACAAACGGGGAGUUUGUGUGCGUGUUUGUGUUCACCCACCAUCAUUUAAGUGCAUCAUAACGUGCUGAAAUGUUCCGCGUUUCUUUUUGUGCGCUGCGGUCUUGUUUUAAUCACAGCGGAGGCUGAAAACCUUUUUGUGGUACAAUCUAAAAUAAAACAAACAUCUGGCGGCUGUUGAGCCACCUGUCCAGUCAUGCGGGGAUCCAGUCAUCAGCACUGUUUUUAGCGUCACUUACCGGUCAAAACCAUUUAUUACGAUACACCUUUUAGUUUGAUCCAUGUGAGACUCAUAUUGGUUGCUUGAUAGCGUGUUUUCGUUGUAAUGUGCACAUUUGGAAUAACAAAAGCCACCGCUGUCAUGGAUAAGUGUCCUUGCAUCAAGUUGCUCAUUGGUGCUACAGUAAUUUAACUUCGACGGCAGAUCAAUAUUUCUACACGAGUAUUUUUGAUAUUGAUUUUUUUCUAAUUUUGACUCAAUUCAGCACCUUCAAGGACCAUAUUUUUUUAAUUUCCAAAACAACGGUCAAAUUUUUUUCACCUUUUUGUAAUCAGCAAACUUCUUACAGCGACAUACAUUUCCCCAAAUAAACCGUAUGUCCCUCCUAUCACCUCUGUGACACUAAGAACAAAGGCCCGGGACCCGUGUGACAGAAGAAAGACGGCGACAAGAUGCUCGGCCAGCUGUGGCUGUUAGUGGUUUUAUACAUGAAGGUAUUUGGGAAGGUAGUAAGGAAAGAUUAGCGUGUAUCUGUGUUUGUAAUAUUCUGUGCUUUUAAGAUUUAACGAGACUUUGUUGAGAAAUGGCUGAAGGCACCGGUGUGGUCCACCUCUGUGGUCCUGCUGGUGAGACGUGUCAGGGAACCAGAAAGUGUCUGAUUGGGGUCUUUAAAGGAAGUGCCGUGUAAGAUGUGAAUAUUAAAAUAAUAUAUGUCAAUAUAAACUGCUAGUUUUUAUGCCGAAAAUGUAAUUCUUCAAACAAAAGUGCAUAGGCUAUUGGUGUCAAAAUUUAUAUUACUUUUUAAAGACUUUUUCACAAUUUUCGUAUUCACUUUUGAGCAAUUGAACUUUAAUUUGUUUUAUUUAAGUAUCUAUCUUUUUAUACAUUUAGAGUUUUUAAGCUCACGCCUACUUUAUGUAAUCGCACAGCUCUGUAGUUAAAUCUUUUUAUGAAGGUUUAUGUGUUACCCAAUUUGUGCAUUUUGGAAAAACAAAGAAUUAAUAAACGUGGACCACACUGUU